UUUAAUUUCUCAGCAACACGGAAGGAAAUGCAGACGCGGAAGUUGUUGUUUUCGGUGUAGGUAAAGAUGGCAGCCUGCAGCAUGUGAAGAGGACAGAGUUGAAACGAGGGCUUUCUGCCGCACAAUCAUGUACAACUCGCCAUGCAGAAAGCUGACAGGUCUGGUAGGUGUUAGCAUUCUCCAGAGUCUUGAAAAUGCAGCCCAGGCAAGGCUGUGCUCCUGGGACCUUGUUCAACUAUGCAGAUCCUCCACCAGCAAAUGGAUCACCUUUCAGCACUGUAACUUUCUCAAGCGCCAGUAUGUCACAAAAACAACCGAAGCGUGUCAGCGUGCAAAGCCAAAGCAGGAAGCACUGACCACUCCGCUGGUGGAGCAGCAUCCACAUUUACAAGAUGAAACGGUUAUUCGUCAGAUCCAGCAGAUUUCAGCAAUCGACCAACAUCCUUCCAGCGUACAAUCCUCUAAGGAGACCCCCACUCAGGAUACAGAGAGGGCCAGCUCAGACGAGGAUCCCUCCACUGCGCAGGAGACCAGACAGUGGAAGGAAAUCAAGGUGAUGCUUGGGGACCUACCAGGAAUCUACGCGAGGCUGUCUAAAAUCAGGCUCACAGCCUUGGUUGUCAUGACUGCAUCAGCUGGCUAUGCUAUGGCUCCGGUGCCCUUUGAUCCCAGCUGCUUCCUCCUUGCCUCCCUGGGAACGGGCCUUGCUUCCUGUGCUGCCAACUCCAUCAACCAGUACUUUGAGGUCCCCUUUGACUCCAACAUGAACAGGACCAAGAACAGGCCGCUGGUUAGAGGCCAGAUCAGCCCUCUCCACGCAGUGAGCUUUGCUGCAGCCUGUGCGGUUCCUGGCAUCACCCUGCUCGCCCUGACAGUGAACCCCCUAACGGGAGCCCUGGGUGCCCUAAACCUCUUCCUGUACACCUGCUGCUACACCCCCCUGAAGAGGCUGAGCAUCACCAACACCUGGGUGGGGGCUGUCGUUGGGGCGAUCCCCCCCGUUAUGGGCUGGACAGCUGCCACAGGCAGCCUGGACGUGGGUGCCCUGCUCCUGGGAGGGAUCCUGUACUCCUGGCAGUUCCCUCAUUUCAACGCUCUCAGCUGGAACCUGCGGGAGGACUACUCCAGGGGAGGCUACCGCAUGAUGUCCGUCACCCACCCGGCGCUCUGCCGGAGAGUGGCACUGCGGCACAGCCUGGCCCUCAUCGGACUGUCUGUCCUGGCACCAGCCCUGGAUGUCACCAGCUGGACCUUCCCACUCAUCUCCCUCCCCAUCAACCUGUACAUCAGCUACCUUGGGUACAGCUUCUACAGAGACGCGGACCGCAGCAGCGCCCGCAAACUCUUCUUCUGCAGCCUCUGGCACCUGCCCAUGCUGCUCCUCCUCAUGCUCACCUGUAAGAAACCACGAGUGGACAAGGAAGACAGAUCCGUGGCUCACAGUUAACCGUCGUUACACACGAAAACCAAUGAGGCGUUUAUUUUUUUUCCUCAAUCCACCACUGGCCUCUUCCGCCUCUCUUGCGUCCAGUGCCUUCCCUGUUUGUUGGAUUGAUUACAGACAUGCAUCUAAUAGCAAAUCAAUAUGGGGGGUUCAAAUAAAAAUUUACCAAACAAAUGAUGAUGUGUCCAUGUGUUAAUCAAGGAGAAAAAUACCAUUGAUGUAAUUAUUGGUUGUAGAUACACUGAUACAGAAAUUCGAUUGGCAGUCUGUGUUCUCAUAAACUCUGUUGACACGCCCUGCUUCCAAGCAACAGAUAUCAGUUUUGUGUGACUCAUAUGUAUAUAUAUCUCAAAUACGGACUGAUCCUAAUAAUUUAAUACCAAGACAAUAUGUGGGUAGGGAAAGGGAUUCUGAACUGGUGUUUAGAAUUGCCUUGUUGAUAGAUCCAUCCUGUAUGAAUAGUUUUAAGGAAUUGAUUAUACAUGCAACAAUAUUUAUUUUUAUUUAUUUUAUUUAAAAGGAUUUUAAUCUAUAUUUAAAGCUGCACAAAAUCACAUGGAAAGUAUGUUGAUUUGUGUAUAAUAUGAUUUUUUUUUAAAAAAUAUGUAUAUAUCAUAUAAGAAUAUUAGUACAGUAGAGCAUCACUAAUCCGAACCAGUUGGAAGCGGGCCCUUGGUAUCAUGUUAAAAAAAAAAAAAAAAAAAAAAAAAAGCCUUGUCUGGUCUGUGAUCACCUGCUGUGUAUGAUACUGUUUACAGUAAUAUUUUAAAUUAUCAGCAUGCAUUUCAUUCUGAUUGUGUGGUUCCCAUUAUACUGUAGGUCAGUUGGAACUACUGGGGUUCUAAAUAGUGAGAGUUGACUAUUGUAUUUAAAAUAAAGGUAUCAUAAGAAACAUUAAGAAAAUACAGAUUAUUUAUGUAUGGACCAUAUAUGUUGACCUACACUGUCUAUAGUUCACUACAUAAAGCCCAUUGCACUACCUGUAUUCUUAGUAGCAUAUGUACCGUUAUAUAUAUUGUAGGGUAACAUUUGUUUGUGUAACAGUUUACUGUUUCAAAUAAAAAAAAUCUAAAAUAUCUAAGAAGUCCAUUGGACUUGAAAAGAUUCCUCAAA